AUGGAAUUUUCUCCCCUGAAUUCACUACCUCCACAGAGCAGGCCAACAAGUGCCCUCGGUGCAGAGCGCCUCCGCCUCUCCCUGAUGCUGGGAACAUCAGUCAAACUCCAACUUCAAGCAGAAGAGAGAGGGGUUGUGUCUAUCAAAGGAGUGUGUGCGAACCGCUAUCUCGCUAUGAAGGAAGACGGGAGGUUACUGGCUUCUAAAUGUGUUACGGACGAGUGUUUCUUUUUUGAACGACUGGAAUCUAAUAACUACAAUACUUACCGAUCAAGGAAAUACUCGAGUUGGUAUGUGGCGCUGAAACGAACUGGGCAGUUCAAACUUGGACCCAAAACAGGACCUGGGCAGAAAGCUAUACUUUUUCUUCCAAUGUCUGCUAAGAGCUGAUCUAAUGGCAACGCCUGAUCUCAUUUCACAUGGAAGAGAGUGUAGUUCAGAAAUGUGGGAGUGAGAGAAAAAGAAA